AUGAUGAACAGCAACACGCCCCCAAAACCUUCUCAAUUCUCUUCUUCGUCAUCGUCUGGAAACAACAACAAGGAAAUAACGUCUCCAACCACGAGAUUUAACAACUCCAAGGACUCUCCAUUGAAAAACAUUUUGUUGAUCAGUCCUCAGAGGAAGCGCUUGAUGGAAGAAACAAUUAGAAAAAUGUCUCCCGAAGAGAGGGAAUCGCUUGUGCAGGCAAUCUACGCAAAGAGUGGGAAGCUUUUAACUGAAUAUCACCAAAAUAUUUUCGAUCAAAAAACUGCCCACAUGAAACAAGAAUUGAACGAGUAG